AUGCAUCUCUAUAAUCAAAAGUCGGAAUAUCCCUAUACAAUGAAACAAAUAUUGGAAUGUGAAUUUUAUUUAUUAGAAAUAAUGGAUUGUUGUUUAAUUAUAUAUCAUCCCUAUCGUUCUUUAAAUACUUAUAUAAAAGAAAUGCAAAUCGAUACACCUACAUUUGAAUUAACAUGGCGUAUAAUAAAUGAUAGUUUAAAAACCGAUGUAUCCUUAUUAUAUCCACCAUAUAAAAUAGCUUUUUGUCUUCUACUAUCAUGUUUACAUCGUGAUAAAGCAUUAAUUGUAAAACAAUAUUUAAUUGAUAAUUUUGAUAUAGAACAAUUAUAUGAUAUUAUAAAAUAUCUAUUAAAACUAUACGAAUUAAUGAAUACGUAUGAUGAUCAAGAUCAAACAUUAACGAACAAAUACUGCAAAUAA